AGGAGGAAGAGGCGGCGGCGGCGCCGCGCAGCGAUGGCGGCGGCGGCCGCGUUCAGCCUGAGGGAGGUUCUGGACGCGUUCCGCGGGUGCGUGACGGAGCAGCGGGAGGUGCUGCUGGAGCCUUACCUGAGCGGCUGGAGGGGGCUCAUCCGAUUCCUCCAGAGCUUGGGCACCGUCUUCUCCUUCAUCUCCAAGGACGCCGUGGCCAAGGUGACCCUGCUGGAGGAGCUUUGCCACCAGCACCGUUUCGUGUCGGUGCAGCGCAUGGUGCAGCAGGAGCUGGCGGCGGGACCCGCAGCGCUGCGGGCUCAGCCCGGCUCCGGCUGCCGCACCCUGCUGCGGCUGCACCGCGCCCUGCGCUGGCUGCAGCUCUUCCUGCAGGGGCUGCGCUCGGGGGAUUCGCGCACCUCCGUGCUCUGCACCGACGCUUACAACGCUUCUCUGGCUCAGCAUCACCCCUGGCUGAUCCGCAAAGCCGCCACCGUGGCGUUCUGCGCGCUGCCGUCCCGCGAUGCUUUCCUGGACAUCAUGAACGUGGGGCCGCCCGAGGAGGCUGUGGCCAUGCUGGGGGAGGCCAUCCCCUACAUCAGCGAUGUUUACAGCAUCACCCAGGAGCUCUUCGAGAAGAACGACCUGCUCGACCUGCCCUGACCUUCACAGCAUCACCCAGGAGCUCUUGGAGCAAAAAUCGUUUUUUGGUUUUUUUUUUUCUCUCUGUCCGCGUUUUUUUUCUUUCCAGCCCGGAGCUGAGGAGUUUGGCCAAACUAUUCAGGAUGCCUCACUUUAUAAAUGUGGACCACUUGUUCUUGUUAUUUUUAUAUCUUUGUCUGUAGAGCUCUACAAUUAGAACAAAAAAAUCCACGUUAGGAUGAGCUGCUAAGGGAUUUAUUAUUUCCCUUUUUUUAAAAUUUUCUUCUUAAUUUCUGUGCAUUUACAGCAACAAAUUUGAGCUGUGGUGUCUGAACACGUUUAUACCCCAUGGGAGCUCACCUUGGUUUGUACAAAAAACCCACCUGGGGGGGCUUCACUUGCAGAAUUUCAUCCUGAGGAAAAGAAGCUCCUCAUGGAACUGAAGGAAAUGGGGGUGGAUGUCUUUACCUUAAGAGAAAAAUGAUCCUGGAGCAGGGAUCCAUCCAGAGCACCUUCCCUGCCCCUCAAAUCCCUUUGCUUUUGCACUUGGGAUUUGUGCAGCACGUUGGGAUUUGUGCUGCACAGUCCCCUCUGUCCAGCCCAGCCUGGAGCUCUUUGCUCCUGACUUGUGUUCUGUGUGUUUAUUUUUUUUUUAAUGAAUGUAUCAAAUGCCUACAAAAAGGAUUUUCCUGCCUCUCUCAGGGGGGAAAUCCACACUUGUACUGUGAAUCACUGCUUUGGGAGGCACUGGGAGAGCCAAAGAUGCCAGGGGGGGUUGGCUGAGCUUUUGGGGAGCUGGAAAAGCAGUGCAGGGUGACAGGGACACCUGGGGCAUCCCCCAGGCUGAUUGGCUCUUCCUGGCCUCAUGUAACACUGCACAAUGCAGGAAAUCACAAUUACCUCAUGGAGACUGGACUCACUGGACAUUAAAUUCUGUGAAGAAUGA